AUGUAUUCCUAUAUACGCAGAUCAUUAACUUCUAAUGCAAUUCUUCGAGUGAAGCGAAAUCAUCUUCCUCCAAGACCAAAAUUCACUGCACAAAUGGAAAAUGAUUGUACUGAAGUUUUCAUUCAUGGUGGGAGUGGUGCCGGUGGUCAAAAGAUUAACAAGACUAAUUCCAAAGUACAAUUGAAACAUAUCCCGACUGGAAUUGUAGUCACAAGUCAGAUUACUAGAUCAAGGGAUCAAAAUAGAAAAGAUGCACGCGAACGUAUGGCGUACGAAUUAGCGAAAUUAUCUACAGCAAAUGGAUCAAAUGAAACACCAAGAGAUAUUGCAUUACGACAAUUAAAACAACAAAAUAAAAAGGCUAAACUGAAAAAGAGUUCGAAGAAAUAUGAAGUACACAAGGAAGAAAAGGAGAGGUUGGAGGAAUCGCAGCGUUUGGAAGAUGAGUCGAUUCUGGGGAAAAUGUUAAAAAAUUAG